UCCGGCGGAGACAGACAGAGGAGAUGGCGGCUAGAGGUGGUUUUCAAUCGGCCCCAGCUGGUGGUGGAGGCGGUGGAAUGGGACCUGGACCCCCGGUAUCUGGUGGUGGACCAGGUAUGGGACCUGGAACUCCGUCGGGAAGGAUGGGACCCUCUUCGGGCGCACAGAAUCACCUUUACCGCUCCCCAAUGCCUGGGCCUGGAUACCCGAGACCAGGGAUGCCCCCAUCAAGCCGCAUGCCGCCCCAGGGCCCCCCCAUGGGCCCCCCGGGGUACGGCUCCAGCCCCGUGUCCCGGCCUGGGAUGCCCGUCAUGGACCCUUCCAGGAAGAGACCUGCCCCUCAGCAGAUGCAGGUCCAGCAGCAGAACCGCAACCAGCAUCACAUUGUUUUGACGUCUCUCCGCAGCACCAAGAAGAAAAAGAUGGCCGACAAAAUCCUACCUCAGCGGAUCCGGGAACUGGUCCCAGAGUCCCAGGCCUACAUGGACCUACUGGCGUUUGAGAGGAAGCUGGACCAGACCAUCAUGAGGAAACGUCUAGACAUCCAGGAGGCCCUGAAGAGACCCAUCAAGCAAAAGAGAAAGCUUCGUAUAUUCAUAUCCAACACCUUCAACCCUGCCAAGCCUGAUGCUGAGGAUGGGGAGGGGACCGUUGCAUCAUGGGAGCUCCGUGUCGAAGGUCGCUUGCUUGAAGAUACGGCUGUGUCCAAGUAUGAAGCCACCAAGCAGAAGAGGAAGUUCUCCUCUUUCUUCAAGUCUCUGGUGAUCGAGUUGGACAAGGACCUGUACGGACCAGACAAUCAUCUGGUAGAGUGGCACAGGACUGCCACCACCCAGGAGACGGAUGGUUUCCAGGUGAAGAGGCCAGGUGAUGUGGGUGUGCGCUGCACUGUGCUUCUCAUGCUUGACUACCAGCCCCCUCAGUUCAAGCUGGACCCGCGCUUGGCCCGGAUGUUGGGGAUCCACACCCAGACCAGGCCGGUCAUCAUCCAGGCUCUCUGGCAGUACGUGAAGACCCACAAGCUGCAGGACCCCCACGAGAGAGAGUUCAUCAACUGUGACAAGUACCUGCAGCAGAUCUUUGAAACCCAGCGGAUGAAGUUUUCUGAGAUCCCCCAGCGUCUCCACGCCCUCCUAAUGCCUCCAGAACCAAUCAUCAUCAACCAUGUCAUCAGCGUCGACCCCAACGACCAGAAGAAGACUGCCUGCUACGACAUCGACGUGGAGGUGGACGACACUCUGAAGACCCAGAUGAACUCCUUCCUGCUCUCCACAGCCAGCCAGCAGGAGAUCGCAGGGCUGGACAACAAGAUCCAUGAGACCAUUGAGACCAUCAACCAGCUGAAGACCCAGAGAGAGUUCAUGCUCAGCUUCGCCAGGGACCCUCAGGGCUUCAUCAACGACUGGCUGCAGUCCCAGUGCAGAGACCUCAAGACCAUGACUGACGUGGUGGCCAACCCUGAGGAGGAGCGCAGGGCAGAGUUCUACUUCCAGCCCUGGGCCCAGGAGGCUGUGUGUCGCUACUUCUACUCCAAGGUCCAGCAGAGACGGCAGGAGCUGGAGCAGGCUCUGGGGAUCAGGAACACCUGAGAAGAACCUCAGGAACACCUGAGGAGCACCUGAGGAGCACCUGAGGAGCACCUGAGGAGCACCUGAGGAGCACCUGAGGAGCACCUGAGGAGCACCUCCGCAGACUCAGAGGAGGAUUGUGUGGGACAUCAACUCUCCUGAUUGGACAGAUAUAGUUAUAGACUGCUUUAUUGCUAAAUAGAUAUAGAAUCUUGUUUUUAACGUGACCAUUCAGCUCAGUAUGUACUUUUGAUGAGGUCGCCCCCCCCCCCCCCUCCCCCCCGUCCUCUCAGUUUUGUGUUGUUGAAGCCCACGCUGUCUCACUCUGAACCUGACGUGUUGCUUCACCUGCGUCUAUGCCUUACCUCCUAAGCAUUCCUGCUAUUAUGAAAUAUGGCGCCCCUUUACCCUCAGCCUAUGUCACAGGUUCCAUAUAAUUAAUUGAAUUGUAUUUUCUGUAAUUGCAGCAUAUGUGUCUUGAAUCCUGAACUGAAUUGAUAUAAAUAUAGCACACACUACCAUUCAGUCUUCUAGGUUAGAACUGGCCUGGUCGGUAUAUUUGUUUGUUGAUAUGUUGUGAUUGUCAGAUACACAUCGAUGACAUCUUCAUUUUAGGUUCCUUUCUCAAAGUGUGGUGCUGAAUUCUCCCUCAAUGCUCAGCCACAGCAGACUGUACUGUACCUCUGAAACUGUGGCCAUGCAAUGUGUGUGUUCAUUUAGUUGGUUUUCUCCAUUGGGCAAUUUCAUUCAGUCUUCAACAGAUAUUUGUUUAUGUUGAUAUUCUUUGUGUUAAAAAAAGAAAAAGGAAAAAAAAAAAAAAAAGAAUAUAUUAAGACUUGUCUUGUUAGUUGGUAAAGAUUAUUCAGGAAGUAGUGAUAGCACCUAGUCUUUAUAGUCUUGUAAAUACUGAGCAGAAGAAACCGCUCGGAUCUGGAGGAAAGUGUGUCUGUUCUGUUUCCACGACAACAGAUCCUCUGGUCUCUGUGACGCUCAGUUAGUUUUUGAUAUGUAACCAGAUUGUUAUACCCCAUUCAGUGAUCCCUGUUUUACACCAGAAGAUUCAUAAUCACCUGAGACGUGCUGGUUUGGUUAAGGUCAGGAGAAGCUGAAAGCCCAUAUUGUGUUAGGUGAAGGUUGACUUAUUCUGCUAUGAUCUGCUUUUGAAUUAUUUUUAUUCGUUUAUUUUUGUAUUGCCGUUCUGUGCUGAAGCCACAUUCACUGGAGAAAGUGUAGUGAUGUGGUCACUAUUAGGUGUGGCUUCUUAAAGCUUUUUUUUUAUUUUUUAUUGUUUGACUGUUCAGGUGGGGGUGGCUUCUGUUGUGUUCUGUAUGAUGACUUUACUUAGGCACAGCGUGGAUUCUUUGUUUCCUAACUGCUUCCUGGCCAGAACAUUUGGAUUUCCUGACAUGAUGUUUCCUUAAUAAAGAAAAUGCCCAAUUUCACUGACCACAAAUGAAGACUAGUUAAGAGCUGAGAGAAUCUUUUAAUAGACAAUCUCAACAAUGUUUUAUAAUACAAGACUACAGGCAUGAUCUGUGUUUCAGACAUUACUUUACAAAAUGUUUGAGAUGAAAACCAGUGUGGAUAAACGAGCAUUGUAAGGACUGAUCUUGUAAUUGAAUUGUCAUACUUAUAAUUUUUCAUGGACCAAACCUAUUUUUCUGUAUGUUUUAAUCCUAUGCUAUAAUAAAGGAAAUCUUAAUUGA